ACGGGGGAGGCUUCGCUCGCUCGCUCGGCGCCCGGUUCCCCGCCGGGCCUCGCUCUCCCUCCGCCGCCUGGCGGAACUGCCCUGGGGCCCGGCUGGCCUCGGCUCCCGCCCGCCGCCUCAUUCCCCUCCAUCUUCUCGCCCCAGGGCCGCGGCAUGAUCAUGGAGCGGCUCGUGCCUGCGGUGGACGAGGAGGAGGAAGAGGAGGAGGAGGAGGGGGGGGAAGAAGAAGAAGCAGCUCUCUAUGCCCGCCACGAAGCCUGCGUGGCGAUGGGACGGAAGUGCCCAGACAUAGACGGAGAGCCAUGCUGGCACUGUGAGGAUGAUUUCUACGGCUACGAGGCCUGGGUGCGCUACAGUGGGGAGCUGGAGGAGGAGGUGGAGCAGCAGGCCCACGCUGUUAGCCCAGCCACGUUCUGUGGCUUCAAGAAGUCCUUUCUUUGCAAGCCUUCUGCACCUGCCCCACCAGCAAGCAACCGUCAAGACUGUCCGCUGCUGGGCAUUGCUCUCCCCCAGAAGCAGCGACUCACAGCUGAGGAAGCGGAGAAGAAUGCAGAAGAGUUGGUUGCCGAAGAGGAGCGCCUCAAGAAGAAGGCCGAGAAGAAGAGGAUGAAGAAGAAGAGGCAAAAGGACCGGAAGCGGCAGGAGAAACGCGACCAGGAGUUAAAGGCCAAGGUCGAGGCAGAUAAACCUUCAUACAGCCGAGACCGGGACCCCUUGGUUGUUGGCCCGAGUGCAUUGGGGCCUGGGCCUACCAACUCCGAGGGGAGCUCCGUCGAGGCCUCCCCAGGCAGGAGCCCCAACAGGAGUACGGAGGAGGAGGAGGAGGAGGAGGAGACGGAGGAGGAGCUCGACCUGAGCAGCACCUUUGUCUCAAAAGCCUGCCUGAAGGCAGGCACCAAGCCGCUGCUAGCGAAGAAGGAGAAGCCAGCCAGGCCCGACGGGAAGGAGGCCGAAGCGGAAGCGAAGCCAGAGGUCCCAAGGCCUGGGGUGCAGAUGACUCCCGUGGAGCAGAGCAUGGUGUUGGCAGAUUGUGGGAAUGAAACUGCAAAGCAGGGCCGGUAUCAGGAGGCUGUGCUGCUGUUCACGGAGGCCAUCAAGUUGAACCCUCGGGAAUACCGGUUCUUUGGGAAUCGCUCCUUCUGCUACGAGAGGCUGCAGUGUUUCACGGAGGCCCUGUGUGAUGCCCAGCUUGCCCUCAGCCUGCAGCCCGGCUGGCCCAAAGGCCUCUUCCGCCAAGGCAAAGCCCUGAUGGGCCUCAAGCGCUACGUGGAGGCUGCAAGGACCUUCGAGGAGCUCCUGCGCUUAGGCGAUUUCCGUGGCGAUGCUGCCGUCCAGCUGAAGAAUUGCUACGUUCAGCGUCUGCUGCAGGAGAAUAGCUUCAGCGGCUGUCCUCCGGAGUGGAACGUCCUGGCCAGAGAAGCCCAGCUGCCUCCAUCUGGUGGGCGACCUCUGGCAAGCAGCCGUGCCUCAGCAGGAGGGCAUCUAGCAUCAGUCACGAUCACCAACUCACAGGGCAAGGUGCUGGUGCCUCCAGCUCCACGGGCCCUGGGCAGGGAGUGGUUUGCUGUGUGGGUGGGGAACCUCACGCCAAAGGUCACCGAGGAGGUCCUGCUCCGCUACUUCCAGCCGUUUGGGCCCAUCGACUCCAUCCGCCAACUCCCCCGGAAGUCCUGUGCCUUCGUCAACUACUCACGCAGAGAAGCAGCCGAGGCAGCCUAUGCAGCGCUGCAGGGGGUUGAAGUGGAUGGAAGCAAACUCCUGCUGCAGCUGAAGCACCCAGUGCAUGCCACUCCGCCCCCCACCAAGGCCCCCACUAGCGCACAGCAGCCUGCAAAGUGGGAGCCCAUCCACGCCCCCUCCGCCGCUGCCGCGUACAUGGCUGGUCCCUGGCUCCGCAGUCUUGGACAGCUGCCCUAACAGUGACAUCCUUGGAUCAGAAGCAAGAUGCAAGCUGAGCUCUCUGUGGGUGAAGCUGCUGGACCCUGUCCGUUGUGUCCUGGGGCGGGGUGGGGGCAGCAGCAGUGGCGGCGGCGGCAUUUUGCAGUGGCUGCUGAAGGAGAGACGGUGCACUGUGCAGGUCCAGGCGGCCGCGGGAGCCACGGAGGCCAAUCUCGGUGCAUGCUGGACUCUGGAGUUGCAGCCGCCGCCGCCGCGUCGUCCUCGCCAGUCUCCCUCCUCCAAAGAGCUUUGUGGAGAGAGCACUUCUCUCUGGGGCGGGACAGGUCCAAGCAGCGGCUCUGCCGUUCUUGUGCUUACAUGGAGGUGCACAGUAAGAUCUGGCUCUGAGAGAGGGAGGCAGAGAAGUGACCGUCUCUGCUUGGCGCUGAGGGUGGGGGAGCUCUUAGGCUCCUCCCCCAGCAGCCAGGUCUGCCACGCGUGCCCCCCGCCAUGUGUGAAGCGAUGCGCUUGCAGCGUGUUUCAGUAGGGCAGACUACUCCCCCCUCCCAUUCUACUGCCUCUGUGGGGCUUCCUUCCACACUCCUCUGCUGCUGUUGCUUAGGUCAGCCUCUUGCCCCAUGGAAAAGGCGUGCUUCUCUUGGAGCUUGGCCUUUGCAGAGGCCUUCUGAGGUUAGUCUUGUUCAGAAUGGGGAAGGAGUGUGUGUGUGUGUGUGUGUGUGUGUGUUGUGCUUGUGAUCUUUGCUUGGACAGCCAGAGGAAGUGGUCCAAGUGUGGGGGUGGGCGACUCGGAGCACUCCUUGUAUGUACUGCUUCGUCAGUUCAGGGAUUGGGGCUGCCCCGUUGUUUUUUCAUUGUUCAGAAUAAACUUUUGGGAAAGGC